AUGCCUCCCGGCCAACCGGUCGUCGCUGUCGAGCCAUCGCCUGGCCUCCUCGACCGCAUAUCGAACUGGGUCUCGGAGAACAAAGCUGUAGUCUACACAAUUGCAGGUGUCGCAGUUGUCGUCACGGGUGCAGGCGCAGUCUACUAUCUCAGUUCGGACUCGAAAACCAAGUCAGACUCGGAACCCAAACUCAGCAAGAAGGAGCGCCGCAAGCGAAAAGAAGCCGACCGCAAAGCCACCGAGCCCACGGAAUCCACACCUGCCCCCAAGCAGCCUGAGGUUGCUCCCGUGGCCAGCGACUCGGAGCUUCCGGACGUGGACGAGGACUCGGUCACGAAGCUGACUCAGCAGCAGCGCGAGGAGUAUGCCGCGAAGCUCAAGGCUGCUGGCAACAAGGCCUACGGUGACAAGGCGUACAACAAAGCCAUUGACCUGUACACCAAGGCUAUCCUCUGCAAGCCUGACCCCGUCUUCUACUCGAACCGCGCCGCUUGCUACAGCGCCUUGAGCCAGUGGGACAAUGUGGUUGAGGACACGACCGCUGCGAUCAGCAUGGACCCUGAGUAUGUCAAGGCAAUCAACCGACGCGCUGCCGCCUACGAGAACCAGAAGAAGUACUCCGAGGCUCUCCUCGACUUCACUGCCUCGUGCAUCAUCGACAACUUUAAGAGCGACUCGACUGCGCAGGCCGUGGAAAGGCUCCUCAAGACCUUUGCGGAAGAGAAGGCCAAGGAGAUGAUUGCCGCACGUCCCGCCAAGAUGCCCAGCCCCAUCUUUGUCGGCAACUACCUCCAGAGCUUCCGUCAGAAGCCUCGCCCAGCGGGUCUCGAGGACUCGGCCGAGCUGUCUGCCGACACCGGAAAGGGCCAGCUGCAGCGUGGUCUCCAGGGCCUCGAGAAGAAGACCGGAGACGGAUACGAGGAAGCACGCGUUGCCCUCGAGAAAGCCAUCGAGCUCGGCGACCUGGGCGACACUGAGGCCCUUGCCUACAACUGCCGUGGUACGAUCCGCACGCUACUUGGCAAGCACGCAGAGGCCACAAAGGAUUUCGACAAGAGCAUCGAGCUGGAUCCCAAGUUUACGCAAAACUACAUCAAACGUGCUAGCAUCAGUUUGGAGCUUGGUGAUCCGGCGGCUGCCGACGCCGAGUUUGAGCGUGCCCUGGAGCAGGACAACAACGACCCUGACGUAUACUAUCACCGUGCCCAGGCACACUUCAUCAAGGGCAACCUCGCCGAGGCGCAAAAGGACUACCAAAAGUCCAUUGAUCUCGACAAGGACUUCAUCUUCUCGCACAUUCAGCUUGGUGUGACGCAGUACAAGAUGGGCUCCAUUGCUUCUUCCAUGGCCACCUUCCGCCGCUGCAUCAAGAAUUUCCCCAAGGUUCCCGAUGUCUACAACUACUAUGGCGAGCUGCUCCUCGACCAGAGCAACUUCCAGGAGGCCAUUGAGAAGUUCGACACGGCGAUGGAGAUGGAGAAGCAGACCAAGCCCAUGGCCAUGAACGUCCUGCCUCUCAUCAACAAGGCACUCGCCCUGUUCCAGUGGAAGCAGGAUUUCAAGGAGGCCGAGACGCUGUGCCAGAAGGCUCUGAUCAUCGACCCCGAGUGCGAUAUCGCUGUCGCCACCAUGGCUCAGCUUCUCCUUCAGCAGAACAACGUGCCCGGCGCGCUCAAGUACUUUGAGCGUGCUGCCGAGCUAGCCCGCACCGAGGGCGAGAUUGUGAACGCUCUCUCUUACGCGGAAGCUACCCGCACACAGGUGCAGGUCACCGAGAAGUAUCCCAAGCUUGCUGCCAAGCUCGCAGCCGGACCCGGUGGCCCCGCUGGUCUGCGCAUGCCCCCUCAAUAA